UGAGAUCGAAAGAUUACCUACUAACCACUAGACGAAGCUUAGCUUGGUAAAGAAAUAAACUUCUUGGUGGCCAGGAUUGCAUCCGAUCUUGCCCUUGAGUCCUACUCCAUUCUAAACCCCAAACAAACCCCCAAAUCUUAACGGGUCGAAGAUGUUUAGGGUAAUCGGAAAACUUUUGGGCAAAGCCCCACUUAUUCAGUCACCUCUAAAACUUGAUUUUGUCCCUCCAUUUGUUCGUGAAUUCCAGUCUAUAAGAGGUUUUUCUACCGGAAUAGGUGCUUAUGUUGGAGAUAAGCGGAACAUACUGGACUACAAGCGUAGGAAGCUCGCUGCCAAAUAUGAGCUGAGGCGAAAGCUGUACAAAGCUCUGUGCAGAGAUCCUGAACUUCCUCCUAGUAUGAAAGAGAAACACCGUUACAAGCUGUCCAAACUUCCGAGAAACAGUGCCUUCAAUCGACUGAGGAACCGCUGUAUCUUCACAGGGCGUCCUCGUGCUGUGUAUGAGAAAUUCCGGAUGUCCCGUAUUGUUUUCCGUGAGUUGGCAUCUCAAGGCCAAUUGCUGGGUGUAAAGAAAGCAUCCUGGUAAUCAUUCUUUUGUCUGGUCGAAGGACUGAGAGAUCCAUGCUUUGCUUUAGGCAUUCAGUUUUGUGUCAUCAGUAAGCCGUAAACCGCUAUCAGAUAGUGUAUUUUCAUGUCAUCCUCGUUAUGAUUACUAUUUUUUUUUUCUUGAUUGUGCUUCUAAUAGCUUUACAUUUCUUCAGAAUACUGACCUGUAAUAAUAGCUACUGAGAUUUGAUUCGCUAUGCUGUACUCUGUAGUAGCGUAUUGUUUUUACUACUGUAGUACAUUUGAUCUACAAGUUCACAAUUUUGUAUGAGUUA